AUUGACUGAAAUAUGGCGGCGAAGAUGACAUUGGAACAAGAUGGUACCUUUUACGAGCUGGAGAGACUACAAGAAAGCGCUAAUAGGCGAAGUGUAAAGUAUGAAGCUGAAAAGAAGGAAAAAUCUGAACUAAGUGAUUUGCAAAGUAAAGUGGAACAGCUAAGAGCAAGGAGAGAUCAACUCCGCGAGAGGCUAAAGAAUGGUCCUCAUGAAAUUCUACAAGAGUUUUUGCAAUUAGAUGAAUCCUCCAGGAAAGAUUAUUCAGCUGCCUCAAAACAGAAUGUCCUGACAGCUGUGAGGUUGUUCCGUAAAAGAAAGCUGGCUGAUCUUUGUGACAGCUACAGGUUGAUGGGUAUUUCAAUAGUAUCACAACAAGCGAAGAGAACUUGCUUCAGAUUUGAGACCUUUUUCAAUUCUAGAUACUAUGAACCGUAUAACCUCGAAGUGGAGUUGAAAGACAAUAAUUUAAAGAUUCACAAGCAUACUGUACCUUACUUCAUACCUGUUGAUGCAAUUAGUAAGCAGUACUUAAACACUGACAUCAAGAGGUUUUUCAUGAUCAUUUGUGAGCAUCUUAAUGCUUUUGUGGCAAGAAGAGAACAGGUUUGCCUUUGUCAAGAGCAGCAUGGAGAUAAACUGGAAGGAGAGAUAUCUUGCAGCCCCUCGCAUGAUUUUGUGAUGUUGAAAUUAAAGGCUGCACAGGGUCAAGUUAAAGGCACCAUUGUGAAACUAACAUAUAGAGGGCUCACAUCAACACGACCAUCCCAUAUUGAUCUAGUUACUGAAGGGAAAAGUGCCGUAGCAUUGAGAAGACUUCAAAGAAAGAGGAAAUUUUUCGAAGAUUUCUAUCUCCACCAAGCCUUUGCUGAAGCUUUUAAUGAAGAGUUUGAAACUUGA